UCAGUUCACGGCUUCAGCAGAAUGUAAAGUCUUGCAAUGCACCAGAAAGCACACUUGAUUUCUUUAAUGGUUUCUCGGUUUUCAUUUGCUGCAGAAAGGAUAGGCUUGCAAACAGAGAGAAAAGGCUUCAAACCACCUUGAGAAAGAAUCGGUCACCUCCAAAGAUUUUCAUUACCCCAGACUGCUUUGGGGAGCUAAUAGCCAGUAUCGUGCAGAAGCGCAUAAUUUAUUUUCAAGAUGAGGGUUCUCUCACAAAAAAAAUUUGUGAACAAGACUCGGCUUCAGAAGGUGUGACUGACAAACCAAUUUUAGAUUGUUGUGCCUGUGGAACUGCCAAAUACAGGCUAACCUUUUAUGGAAACUGGUCAGAAAAAACACAUCCCAAAGAUUUUCCACGACGCACCAACCACUGGUCUGCAAUCAUUGGUAGUUCUCACUCAAAGAACUACAUCCUUUGGGAGUAUGGAGGAUAUGCUAGUGAAGGUGUCAAACAAGUUGCAGAGUUGGGGUCCCCCGUAAAGAUGGAAGAAGAAAUUCGACAGCAAAGUGAUGAGGUGUUAACAGUCAUCAAGGCAAAAGCUCAGUGGCCUGCCUGGCAACCUCUAAAUGUGAGAGCUGCUCCCUCUGCUGAGUUUUCUGUCGAUCGGCACCGACACCUCAUGUCCUUCCUCACCAUGCUCGGCCCCAGCCCAGACUGGAAUGUGGGACUGUCUGCUGAAGAUCUCUGUACCAAGGACUGUGGCUGGGUUCAGAAAGUCGUUCAGGAUUUAAUACCCUGGGAUGCUGGCACAGACAGUGGUGUUACCUAUGAGUCUCCUAACAAACCUACAGUGCCUCAAGAGAAGAUCAGACCACUUACAAGCUUAGAUCAUCCUCAGAGUCCAUUUUACGAUCCAGAAGGAGGGUCUAUCAAGCUGGUAGCCAGAGUUGUCAUUGAGCGAAUUGCACGCAAGGGGGAACAAUGCAAUAUCGUACCUGAUAACAUAGAUGAUAUUGUGGCAGAUCUUGCACCAGAAGAAAAAGAAGAAGAUGAUACCCCCGAGACCUGCAUAUAUUCAAACUGGUCCCCAUGGUCAGCCUGCAGCUCUUCUACCUGUGAAAAGGGCAAGAGGAUGAGGCAAAGAAUGCUCAAAGCUCAGCUGGACCUCAGUGUGCCUUGUCCAGAUACCCAAGAUUUUCAGCCAUGCAUGGGUCCAGGCUGCAGUGAUGAAGAUGGUUCCACUUGCAUGAUGUCUGACUGGAUUACAUGGUCCCCCUGUAGUGUUUCCUGUGGAAUGGGAACACGAUCUAGAGAGAGAUAUGUAAAACAAUUCCCCGAAGAUGGCUCUAUGUGCAAAGUGCCUACUGAAGAGACUGAGAAAUGUAUUGUAAAUGAGGAAUGUUCCCCUAGCAGCUGCCUUGUCACUGAAUGGGGAGAGUGGGAUGAAUGCAGUGCUAGCUGUGGCACAGGGAUGAAGAGACGACACAGAAUGAUCAAAAUGACUCCUGCUGAUGGAUCCAUGUGCAAGGCAGAAACUACAGAGGCAGAGAAAUGCAUGAUGCCUGAAUGCCAUACCAUCCCCUGUCUACUCUCUCCUUGGUCUGAAUGGAGUGACUGCAGUGUAACGUGUGGGAAAGGAAUGCGAACGCGGCAAAGGAUGCUGAAAUCUGCUGCCGAGCUUGGAGACUGCAAUGAGGAACUGGAACAAGUGGAAAAAUGCAUGCUGCCCGAAUGCCCCAUCGACUGUGAACUAACAGAGUGGUCCCAGUGGUCGGAAUGCAAUACAUCAUGUGGAAAGGGCCAUAUGAUCAGGACGAGAAUGAUCAAAAUAGAACCACAGUUUGGAGGAACAGCAUGCCCAGAAACUGUCCAACGUACAAAAUGUCGAGUAAGGAAAUGCCUGAGAGGCCCAGGUAUGGAAAAAAGGCGGUGGAAAGAGGCCCGGGAGAAGAGGAGAAGUGAACAAGCCAAAAAAAAUAUAGAUAAUGACCAGUAUCCAGUUUGUAGGAUGAAACCUUGGACUGCUUGGACAGAAUGUUCUACACUUUGUGGAGGUGGAAUUCAAGAACGCUACAUGAUGGUAAAGAAGAGGUCCAAAAGUACUCAGUUUACUAGUUGCAAAGACAAAAAGGAGCUAAGAGCGUGUAAUGUUCAUCCUUGUUAACAAAACACAAGGCUCCCAAGUGAUGCACUCUGAGCUAAAUGGAAAGUCAACCUUGAUUUGGUUUUUAAAACAACAACAAAAAAAUAUAAAGUGUAUAUUAGUUUUCAUUUUUGCAGUGUGGUUUGCUUUGUAGUCUUGCUGGUGCAAGAAAUAUAUUUUAUAAAUAUUUCCUCACAGAUUUAUGCUGAGAGUAAAUCUUUGGUACUCCAGCCAGCCCUUAAUGCAUAAAAAUAGUAAGUCAUUAUGAGUCAUUUAACUAAAAUACAGACAUAUCUGUGGACAUGGAAUAGCCAUAUAGAAAUACUACUUGUAAAGACAUGGGAUGCAUGCAUAUUAACAUAACUAAGUUAAAGUGACAUGUUUCAUAUGUGAGAGGAUUUCUCUCUCAAUUUGAUUUUGAAAAUCCAAAGCAGUGCCUAUGUGAUUACACAACUAUGCCAAGGAGCAAUUUCAGUAAUGCUGAUUCAAUAAUAUUAAAGAUGCAUGUUUCUCUUUUUACACUAGAGGGUUAAGCUGACAGUUAUAAUAAUUAUCCUAUAUACUUUUCUUCACAUGGAUGCUAUAGGCCAUGUUUCUUUAAAAUUUAAAAGAAAAUAAUUUGUGCAGCUCAAUAGUGAUGCCUGUCCACUACAUAGUCACA